GCCCCCCGCCCCUUCCCGUGGCGGUGCGGGCGCGGCCUGCAGGGUGAGUGAGGGUCGGGGAGUCCCGGAUCAGCCCAACAGGGGUCACCCCGGUCAAGGUCCUUGAGCACCACGGACCACCGCGACCCCGGCGCAGGGCGGGCGCCGCCGGGGACUGCGUAGGUGCCAGUCGCCGCCGGGUGUGCCGGGCGGUUGAGGGGGAGGGUGUCCGGAUGUCCCGACAGUCUGCUGCCCCACUUCCGGGGCCUCCACUUUCACUUUCCCUUUCGCUGUAGCUGCUCCCCUCCCCUCCCGACUGUCUGGGGCCGCCCCGCAGGGGAGGGAGUGUGGCUGCAAUCCCCGGCGCCAGGGGUGUUCCCAGAAGCGAGAAGUUGGGGGAGGGGGAGGGCCCUCCCCAGGGACUAACAGCGCCCGGCUGUGCGGCGUCACCCUCAUCCCUGCACCAGGUGACCCAGGGAUAGCAUUUCUCCGGAGCUGCUGCCCCCGCCUGGGGGCAUGGGCGCAACCACGCCAGAUGGACGAGAAGACCAAGAAAGCCGAGGAGAUGGCCCUGAGACUCACCCGAGCAGUGGCAGGCGGGGAUGAACACGUGGCAGUGCAGUGUGCCAUCUGGCUGGCAGAGCAACGGGUGCCCCUGAGUGUGCAACUGAAGCCUGAGGUCUCCCCAACACAGGACAUCAGGCUGUGGGUGAGUGUGGAGGAUGCUCAGAUGCACACAGUCACCAUCUGGCUCACAGUGCGUCCGGACAUGACAGUGGCUUCCCUCAAGGACAUGGUAUUCCUGGACUACGGCUUUCCACCCGUCCUACAGCAGUGGGUCAUUGGGCAGCGGCUGGCCCGGGACCAGGAAACCCUGCACUCCCAUGGGGUGCGGCGGAAUGGGGACAGCGCCUACCUCUACCUGCUGUCAGCCUGCAACACCUCACUUAACCCUCAGGAGCUGCAGCGGGAGAGGCAGUUGCGGAUGCUGGAAGAUCUGGGCUUCAAGGACCUCACGCUUCAGCCCCGGGGCCCCCUGGAGCCAGCCCCCACCAAGCCCGGAGCCCCCCAGGAGCCGGGGCGGGGCCAGCCCGAAGCGGCGCCCGAACCCCCGCCGGUGGGCUGGCAGUGCCCCGGCUGCACCUUCAUUAACAAGCCCACGAGGCCUGGCUGCGAGAUGUGCUGCCGGGCGCGGCCUGAGGCCUACCAGGUUCCCGCCUCGUACCAGCCGGACGAGGAGGAGAGAGCGCGCCUGGCGGGCGAGGAGGAGGCGCUGCGCCAGUACCAGCAGCGGAAGCAGCAGCAGCAGGAGGGAAACUACCUGCAACACGUCCAGCUGGAUCAGAGGAGCCUGGUGCUGAACACCGAGCCCACCGAGUGCCCCGUGUGCUACUUGGUGCUGGCGCCCGGCGAUGCCGUGGUGCUGCGUGAGUGUCUGCACGCCUUCUGCAGGGAGUGUCUGCAGGGCACCAUCCGCAACAGCCAGGAGGCCGAGGUCUCCUGCCCCUUCAUUGACAACACGUACUCGUGCUCGGGCAAGCUGCUGGAGAGGGAGAUCCGGGCGCUGCUGCCCCCCGAGGAUUACCAGCGAUUUCUGGACCUGGGCGUCUCCAUCGCGGAAAACCGCAGUGCCUUCAGCUACCACUGCAAGACCCCGGACUGUAAGGGAUGGUGCUUCUUUGAGGAUGAUGUCAACGAGUUUACCUGCCCAGUGUGCUUCCACGUCAACUGCCUGCUGUGUAAGGCCAUCCACGAGCAGAUGAACUGCAAGGAGUACCAGGACGACCUGGCCCUGCGGGCCCAGAACGAUGUGGCCGCCAGGCAGACAACAGAGAUGCUCAGGUCCAUGCUGCAGCAGGGCGAGGCCAUGCACUGCCCACAGUGCCGCAUCGUGGUGCAGAAGAAGGAUGGCUGUGACUGGAUCCGCUGCACCGUCUGCCACACCGAAAUCUGCUGGGUCACCAAGGGCCCACGCUGGGGGCCUGGGGGCCCAGGAGACACCAGUGGGGGCUGCCGUUGCCGGGUGAAUGGGAUUCCUUGCCACCCUAGCUGUCAGAACUGCCACUAGCUGAGGAUGGUCUGAUCCCUACGCUGACCCAGCCCCCCAUCCAUCCCCAUGCUGCUGUGGGACAGGGCUGGUGCUUUGGCUCUCAUUUGUGGCCUGGGAGAUGCCUGUUGUGCUUGGCUGAGACGGAGGCCUUGUGGAGACCAAGGCCCCUGAGCUACGUGGAUGGCUUUGUUUGCAAAAGGGAUGUUGCAGCCUGAGCUCCCAGUGCGUGUUGUCCCUGGCUGCAUCUGCCCCAGUGCCUUUGCCCUCCCUCUGGGGCUUGCUGGCCAGACCUCUCAGCUCUUCUCUGUGGCUCUUCGGAACUCUGCCUGACCCAGACUUAAACACGGCCCUGGCCAGAGGUCUUGCAGGAUGGAAUCUCUGAGAGCCUCGUGUGAGUCCACACUCCUCGCUUCCACCACCCUCGUCUGCUGAACACGUGUAGCCCACCGCUUCGCCAGCGGCGUUGUGGGGCCGGCUUUUCUCUGUCUUUGCGGUCAGAGGCCUGGGGCCUCUUAUAGAACUGCUGCUAGUCCUGUUCAGAGCCCCGAGAGAGACCUGGCGGUUUCUAAAGCACAGCCCAUCGGGUUCAUCGUCCACGGCUCCCUCUUUGCUGCUGUGUAAGCUAAUUAAAAUGGCUUUUCAGGAA